GUCCUCCCUGAGUGUUUACAAACAGGCACCAGCACGCAGGCUGCCUGUGGUGACCACACGUGUUGCACGGCGGCCUGGCUGGCGUGAGGCAAUACUUUCCAUUAUAGUUUAAUUAUUACUGGCAUCCCAGGCCUGUCCUGUCGCCUGCAAACAGGAUGGGGAGCUACAACCAGGUGGAGCACACACGCAUAGAGGACAUUGGCUUCAGGAUCUACAGUGAAGAUGAGAUCCGUCAAAUCUCCCUGGUGGAAGUGACCAGCGAUGAAUCCUUCAAUGAACUGGGCCACAUCAUCCCCAGCGGUCUCUAUGAUCUCCGCAUGGGACCAAUGGCAGGCAGGAAUAAAGAUGUCUGUCAGACGUGUGGCAAGAACAACCUUCGCUGCCAAGGACACUGUGGACACAUAGAGUUGCCACUGCCUGUGUACAAUCCCUUCUUUUAUAAUGUGCUGAACAAAACGCUGCGAGGCCUUUGCUAUUCCUGUCACAGGAUUCAGGUUCGGGCCCACCAUGUGUUACUGCUGAAGCACCAGAUGGAGCUGCUGGAUGCUGGCUAUGGCUAUGAAGCGCUGGAGCUGGAGAACAUCCUGUCACGCUCCGUAACCAAUCCCAUAGAGGCCACAGAGGUUUCGGUGGGGGUUAACGACAAGGUGUCUCAGGACGCAGGCAUUGUGGCGGAUCUGUUGAACCUGAAGCGGACCCUGUCCACAUACUGUGACAAGGUGAUCAAAGGUGGCACCUGCAGCCCGGAAACCUCCACUUCUAUCAUCAAGAACCUGGAGGAUGAAGUGGUGAGGUCCUUCAUCAAGAAGUGUUACUAUAAAGAUCACAAGCGGUGUGUCUUCUGCCAUGAGCCCAUUGUCAGGCUGACACUGCAGAACUCACGCUUCAUCAGGUCUGUGUAUAAGAAGGACAAGGACAAGGAUGGACAGACAGAAGAAGUGGAGGCUGAAAAAGAACAAAGAAGAGAGGAAGAGGAAAAUGAAGAAGAGAAAUCUAACACCAUUCUGGAUGCUCAGUCAUAUAUCACUUCAGAACAGGCUAGAGACAUUCUGAGGAAAUGCUGGCACAAAAACCAGGAAGUGCUCUCGGCUCUGUAUCCAGUUCUUGCUGCCAGUGAACUUGAGCAUCCAACUGACAUCUUCUUCCUCAACACUCUAAUGGUGGUGCCUCCCAAAUUCCGGCCGUGCAAUUACCGAGAGGGUGUGACAAUAGAGCACCAGCACACUGUUAUCCUCAGGAACGUGGUGCGUCUAAGCAAGGUGCUGCGCUUCCUGCUGUCCCUGGUGAAUGGCACUGUGCGGGACCUUCCUGAGGCACUGCAGUACAUGAUAGCAGAGGUGGCCGGCAGCACCUAUGUGGAGAAGAUUCAGACAGUGUGGUACCAGCUACAGAACUAUGUGGAUGCCCAGUAUGAUGCUGAGCUGACCCGACUGGUGAAGUCUACCACGAAGGGGAUGAGGCAGAUCAUAGAGAAGAAGGAAGGGCUGUUCCGCCACAACCUGAUGGGCAAGCGUGUUAACUUCUCGGCUCGCUCUGUUGCUGCGCCUGACCCCAUGUUGGCAGUGGAUGAAGUUGGAGUGCCUAAAGACUUCGCAGUGCGGCUGUACUACCCCGUGCCCGUCACACAGUGGAAUGUGGAGUACCUCAGGCGCCUGGUGCAAAAUGGGCCACUGGUGUAUCCUGGGGCGGUGAUGGUGGAGGAUGAGGAGGGUCACCGGAAGCACCUCAGCCCUGACGACCCCAAACAGCGUGAGGCGAUGGCCAAAAAGCUGCUCACACCACCAGAGUCACACGUGCGCUGCGUGAAUGCCCACAAGAUAGUGUUCCGGCACCUGCAGAAUGGAGACUUCGUGCUCAUGAACCGCCAGCCGACCCUCCACAGGCCCAGCAUCCAGGCCCACCGUGCCCGGGUCAUGCCUAACGACCGGGUGUUCCGCAUGCCCUACGCUAACUGCAAGGCCUACAAUGCUGACUUUGACGGGGAUGAGCUCAACAUGCACUUCCCACAGAAUGAGUUGGCCCGCAGUGAAGCCCAAUGCUUGGUGACCACACAUGCUCAGUACCUCACCCCCAAGGACGGCUCUCCCCUUGCUGGUCUUAUACAGGACUGUGUGGUGGCCAGUGUGAUGCUGACCAUAAGAGGGAAGUUCUUUGACCGCAAGGACUACCAGCAAUUGGUGUAUUCAGGGCUGUCAGACCACACUGCCCGGAUCAAGACACUGCCACCCACUAUCCUCAAGCCCCAACAGCUGUGGUCCGGCAAGCAGGUCAUGUCCACACUGCUGCUUAACAUCAUUCCAGAGCACAAGGCUCGACCUUCUUUCUCCUUCAGGACCUCCGUCAAAGUAGAUAUGUGGCAGACGGAUGAGCAGCGGCCGUGGCGUGGGGGGGGUUCAGCUGAGCACAGACGGGAGGCCAUGACAGACUCAGACUUUGUGAUGCGUGAUGGGGAGCUGCUCUCAGGAGUCAUUGACAAGAGUGCCAUUGGGUCAACAAGCCAUGGCCUGGUGCAUGUCUGUUAUGAGCUGUAUGGUGGAGCGAUUGCCUCCAAGGUGCUGACGGCCAUCAACCGUCUGUGUGUGUACUACCUCAAGUGGUGCGGCCACACCAUCAGCGUCAAGGAGUUUGUCACCCCAAAGAGUGUCAGUGAGUGGCGCCGCAAUGCUCUCGGCAAUCUGGUUGAGCGGACACCCUUUGGUGUGAGCCUGAAGCUGGAUGUGGUGGAGGCAGACCUGAGGGACUACUAUGAGCGCUGUCACAUGUCUGGCAAUGAGAAAGACAUGGCGUCCAUAGAUGCUGCUUACACUGCUGUCCUGGGUGGCACCACCUCCACUGUCACAGGACAAAAUGAGAAACAGCUGCUGAGACGAGGCCUGGACAACCACAUGAGGAUGAUGGUGGACACUGGUGCUAAGGGUUCCAAGGUCAACAUGAACCAGAUGGCGUCACUGUUUGGGUCUGUGGCCAUUGAUGGGAAGCGCAUGCCACUCAGCAUCACUGGCAAGUCCCUCCCGUCCUUCAAGGCUUAUGAGGUCAACCCCCGUGCUGGAGGCUACAUCCCGGACAGGUUCAUGACCGGCAUCAACCCAAAGUCCUACUACUUCCUCUGCAUUGUGGGCCGUGACAGUCUGCAGCACACUGCUGUGAAGACUGCAGACAGUGGCUACCUGCAGCGGUGCCUCAUCAAGCACCUGGAAGGGAUCCAGGUGAAGUACGACAUGACGGUGCGCAACAGUGAUGGCCUGGUGCUGCAGUUUGCAUAUGGUGAGGACGGUCUGGAUGUGACAAAGGUGCCGUUCCUGAAGACUCUGGCCACCAUGGAUGUGUUGGUGCAGAACAGCCAUCGCCUCAUGGAGCCUCGUGCCCUCACCCUGGCCAAAUCCACUGGUCAACAUGAAAAGGUGGAGAUGUACAGGAAGAAGAUGAGCAAGUACAUCAAGAAAGGUCCCAAGCAGCGUGGUGUGCGGUGGAGUGGCUUCCUCAAGUUCUGCAGCAAGCAGGUGGAGGAGCAGAAGCAUAUCCCGGGUUACACAGUGGGCCGCUCCAACGCAAGCCUCCAGCUGCAGAGUCUGUGGCACUGCCUGAGGCCUGAGGAGAGAGACAAAUACAGGAAGAAAACUGCCAAGGGUCUCGAUCCCAUCAACUCAGUGUUCUCCAUCGCCUCCAACCUGGGUGUGGUGUCUGAGGCCCUGGACGCUAUGGUGGACAAGUACUAUGAACAGGUGCAUGUGCCUCAAACACCUACCACGCAUGUCCUCAGCAAGCAGGAGGUGGCCACGGCAGUGCACAUGAAGGCCCUCAACUCCAUUGUCAACCCAGGGGAGGCCGUCGGGGCGCUCUGUGCUCAGGCCCUUGGGGAACCUCUCACUCAGAUGACCCUCAACACUUUCCACUUUGCUGGCAGGGACGAGCUCAACGUCACACUCGGUGUGCCCCGCAUGAAGGAGGUGCUACGUACAGCCUCCAAAAAUAUCUCCACCCCAAUCAUGGAGGUGCCUUUCCUUGACCACGUCACCAAGUCACGAGCUGAGGCCCUACGCAUCAAGCUGUCCGAAGUGUCCUUAAGCAAGGUGUUGGAGAGCAUGACCAUCACCACAGGGCUGCACCAGAAGGAGACAGGGAAGCUGAAACACCGCACCACCCUCCGCCUCACCUUCCUGCCACACCGAGAAUACCGCUUCGUGUACACUGUCACUCCCUCGCAGGUGCUAGCAUAUGUGGAGAAGGAGUUCAUCCCAAAAGUCAUCAUGAAGGACAUCCACAAUGCUUUCAAAUACAAGCAGAUCUUGUGUGACUCGUACAAAAAGAGGGCAUCCAGGAAGACUGUAUCCGAGGAAGGGGAGGGACGGGAUGCAACAGAGGAUGCACCAGAGACGAGGAACAAAGUAACAUUUGGUGUGUCUGAUGAUGAAAAUGAAGAAGAGGAAGAUGAAGAGAGGGCUGCUGGCGAUGGAGAUGUUGCCACCUCAUCAUGGAGCAAGAAGCAGGAGGAGCAGGACUACUCUGAGCCUGAGGAGGAGGAGGACAGGGAGGAAGAUGGCUUGUCAGAUGAUGAAGGAGCUGAGGGCAAGAAAAAAGAUGCCAUGGCUGAAGAUGAAGGCUUUGGAGAGGAGGUGGAGGAGACAGAGGAAGUGGAGGAGAAUGGGAUGCCUGGCCCCAACUUGCACUUCAGUAACAAGCGACGCAAGGAUAAGGUGAGCCCCGAGGAGGCAAGGCAGCGGCAGGAGGUGCUCAUGGAGAAAGACUCAUGGAUCGUAGACUACAACUUUGACAUGAAGGGAGAACUAUGGUGUGAAGUGACCUUAGAUAUGCCAGUGAGCCGUGGAGUGUGUGACCUGCAUUCCAUUGUGCGUGCAGCGGCGGGACGUUCGCUGAUCCACUAUGUGCGAGGCAUCCGCCGCGUCUUUGUGGUGGAAAAGGACAAGCGACUCGUGCUCAGGACGGAGGGAGUCAACAUUCUGAAAAUGUUUGAGUUUGAGCACCUGCUGGACGUGAACCACCUGUACACCAACAACAUCCACCAGGUGGCACAGAUGUAUGGCAUUGAGGCAGCUCAGCGCUCCAUCAUCCGGGAAUUGCGUGCUGUCCAGUCCGCUUACGACAUCAAGGUUGACUUCCGGCACCUCACACUGCUGGCUGAUUACUUUACCUGUGAGGGAGUGUACAAGGCUUGCUCCCGGCAGGCCAUGGCAUCCUCAAUCUCCCCCAUUCAGAAGAUGUCCUUUGAGACCUGCACACAGUUCCUCAAGUCAGCAGUCCUUAGAGGUGAGAAGGACCGCAUGGAGUCUCCUUCAGCCAGCAUUGCAUUUGGCCAGCCCAUCAGACUUGGCACAAAUGCAAUGCAGCUUCUUCAAACGGUGAAGGUUGCUGGUCCUUGAGAGUCAACAAUCGAUUCUCCCACUCUCUUCAUAAAAACCUGUGUUGCUGGGCUUGACUGUGAUGCAUUGGCUGGUAAAUCUCCAGUCUCUUCCCUAAUAAAUUAUACAUAUUCUAAAAAGUUACACAUAAUUUUGACAACCUCUCAGAAAGAGGACUGUUUAUAUUGUCUUCAGGGUGUGCAUUAAGAAAUAAUUUAUGUAAUUUAGAUGUAGCUAUGCAUUAUUUGUACAGUUAUUUGAACAUCAUCAUCAUUGUUAGAGUGUUGACAUGUUGGUUUCAUCUUGUAGUGCCUUUAUGAAAGCCUGGUGUACAGCACAGUGAGCCACAACACCUGAGAGUAUGAAUGGUGUGUGUGUGUUGUUUUGCAGGCCUGGUACUGUAUAUACAUAGAUAGAUUUAUCCUUAGAGGUUAGACAUGUUGGUCUCGUCUCAGAAUGGCCUACAAUUGGUGACUGGAGCAAGAAUGCCUCAGGUGGCACUUUUAUAUUUUCUGAAUAAUAUUUUUUGUAAUUUUCCA